AAUUUCCAAUCAAAAUAGCCUGCGCAUCACUGACAUGACAGUUUAAAAAAGCCCAAGCUAAUUUCCAGCUGUACAGUAAAGGAAGUAAAUCAUUAUGCUAGUGAAAUGAAAAAAUAAUGUCAGCUUUAUACACACCGAACGGCCUCCCCAUGGUCAAUGGGGAAAGAGUUGAACUCCGUAGAUCACCAGGAAGUUUGAAUGGUGGGACAUCAUUUGAUGUGAUCACUCCGCCUAGUUCUGGACAGAGAACUCCAGCAGACUUAAGUUAUGUUAAUCCGAUGGGAAUGGGUCAGAUAUCUAUGACUGAUGUUACCCUGGAGCAGGCUGUGGACCGAGUCCAGGAACUGAUGAAGGAGAAUAAAGACUUAAGAGAGUAUAUGAAGGAGAACAAUGAGAUGAUGAGACAACAGUAUGAGGCUUUGGCCGAGUACAAGGCAAAGGUCCAGGAGAGUAAUGCACAAACCAAAGAAAAGUUUGAACAGACACGCAAUGUUAUUCUGGAACUAAAAAAGGAGAAUGGAAAACUUAAGUCCUCCCUACAGACUCAAUCUGAUGAAGCAAGCUGCACUCUGUCUGAAAGGCUGGCAGAUUUGGAAAGGACCAAAACAAAGUUAAAGGAAGAAAAUUCUGUAAAAGACCAAGAGAUUGGCUGUCUGAGGCAUCAGUUAAAAGAGCUUUCUCUUCACAAUCAGUCAAAUCAGGACAAAAGUACUGCAAGUGAUGUGGUUUUUGUUACAAACACAAAAGAAGAUGAGGAAAGACUAAGGAAAAUGGAAUCAGAAAGAGACCAUUGUGCCAAAGAGGUGGAAACUCUGACUUUACAGAGACAGGUCGACCAAAUGGAAAUUUCUAAAUUAAAAACUGAUGUUAGUAUGAAUAAAAGACUGCAAGAAGAACAAGAAAAGUUGUCACUUGAAAAUGUGGAGCUAUCAGAAAAAUUACGAACAAUUAUAAAUGAAAAUAAAACACUAAAAGCAGAUAUGAAGAAGAAGAAAUUAGAAAUUUCAGAUUUGAUGAGCAGCAUGGAAGAGCUUUCAAAGCAAAAUCAUGAAAAUGAAGAAUUUCUUAAAGGUGCUGGCUACACAUUGGUGGAAGGUUCACUGAAACAAGGGGACAGAUGGGAGUUCCCAUCCCUACAGACAAUGGGAUCAGCUCGAGAAGAGGACCAGCUACAGAGACAGGGCAUGCGUGUGGCCACACCCUCAGAGGUCAUGGUUCAGAUCCAGGACAACAGUAAGGCUGAACAACUCCAGCGACAGCUCUCACAGAAGGAAAGACAGAUGGAUCAGCUUGUGAUGGAACUACACCAGAAGGACCAGGAGCUGCAGCAUCUCCGAGAUUUCAACAGCAAACAGACUCAGUCACCCACGUACACGGGAGAUAUGCAGAGUCUGAUGUCCCAGAAUGUAGCUCUCAUGUCAGAAAUCAAAGAAACCAGUGCAAAAUUAGAGUCCACUAAACUCGCUCUGGAAAAGAAAACCACCAAGACUACAGAGCUUGAAGAGAGAUUGCAGAUCAAUGAUAACAUACAAGCACAAAGGAAGGAAGACAGUGCAAUAAUGGACACUCUCCGUUUAUCUCUGAAGGGAUAUGAGGAGGCACUGAAUGCGGAGCGCAGAGAACACCAGAACACCAAGAAACAGUUGGUGGAACUAAAACAAACAUUUAACAAUCUCACUGCUGACUACAAAAGUAUCUUGCAUACUUUUGAAUCCUUCAAGGAAAACAGUAUGAAACAGCAGAAACUGUCUGUUGACCCUAGUGAGAAAGAGCGGCUAUUGGACAAGAUCAGUCGGCUUACAGCAGAAAUGGUUUCUGGGGAAGAAGCUGGAAAAUAUCGGGAGGCACAGAUGAAAAGGAUGAAGGAAGAAAUAGAGAAACUGAAAGUAGAUAACGAGACCAUUCCAGUUCUACGGGCACAGGCUGAUGUCUGGAAGAUGGACUUUGACGCCGAAAGAAAUUCCAGAGAACGACAGCAUGCAGAGAAUCAGCAGCUGAAACAGGAAUUUCAUAGCCUACAACUUCAGAAUCAGCAACUUAUGGAUGAACUGGAGACAUUGUCCAAGGGCCAGUUUGCCGAGAUGCAACGUAAACAUGGUGGAGUAGGGUCACACCAACAACAGAUGCAGAACUAUCUACAGGUCGGGACUCGACAGGCCCCUGUCGUCCACAGACCACCAAUUCAGUACCCUUACCAGGACAACAUUAAUAUGACACCUCCUGCACCUCACACACAACAGUCAGCCCACUCAUAUGUAAACUACCCCUACCCCCCACAGCAAUAUCCAGGUGGGGUGGAGGCAAGCCAUGGACAGCCAGCAUCGAGGGGCAUUGAAAGCUACCAGGAGGAAGGAGAGUACCAGCCGCUGUGUUGUCCCAAGUGUGGUAUACAGUGUCCUGAAGUAGAUACCCUACAGAUACACGUCCUGGAAUGCAUCGAUCACUAAAGAUACCCUACAGAUACAUGUACUGGACUGUAUCGAUCACUAAAGAUACCCUAUAGAUACAUGUACUGGACUGUAUAGAUCACUAAAGAUACCCUACAGAUACAUGUACUGGACUGUAUAGAUCACUAAAGAUACCCUACAGAUACAUGUACUGGACUGUAUAGAUCACUAAAGAUACCCUACAGAUACAUGUACUGGACUGUAUAGAUCACUAAAGAUACCCUACAGAUACAUGUACUGGACUGUAUCGAUCACUAAAGAUACCCUACAGAUACAUGUACUGGACUGUAUAGAUCACUAAAGAUACCCUACAGAUACAUGUACUGGACUGUAUCGAUCACUAAAGAUACCCUACAGAUACAUGUACUGGACUGUAUAGAUCACUAAAGAUAUCCUACAGAUACAUGUACUGGACUGCAUCGAUCACUAAAGAUACCCUACAGAUACAUGUACUGGACUGUAUCGAUCACUAAAGAUACCCUACAGAUACAUGUACUGGACUGUAUUGAUCACUAAAGAUACCCUAUAGAUACAUGUACUGGACUGUAUAGAUCACUAAAGAUACCCUACAGAUACAUGUACUGGACUGUAUCGAUCACUAAAGAUACCCUAUAGAUACAUGUACUGGACUGUAUAGAUCACUAAAGAUACCCUACAGAUACAUGUACUGGACUGUAUCGAUCACUAAAGAUACCCUAUAGAUACAUGUACUGGACUGUAUCGAUCACUAAAGAUACCCUACAGAUACAUGUACUGGACUGUAUCGAUCACUAAAGAUACCCUAUAGAUAUAUGUACUGGACUGUAUCGAUCACUAAAGAUACCCUACAGAUACAUGUACUGGACUGUAUCGAUCACUAAAGAUACCCUACUGAUACAUGUACUGGACUGUAUCGAUCACUAAAGAUACCCUACAGAUACGUGUACUGGACUGUAUCGAUCACUAAAGAUACCCUACAGAUACAUGUACUGGACUGUAUCGAUCACUAAAGAUACCCUACAGAUACACGUCCUGGACUGUAUUGAUCACUAAAGAUACCCUACAGAUACAUGUACUGGACUGUAUCGAUACCCUACAGAUACAUGUACUGGACUGUAUCGAUCACUAAAGAUACCCUAUAGAUACAUGUACUGGACUGUAUCGAUCACUAAAGAUACCCUAUAGAUACAUGUACUGGACUGUAUCGAUCACUAAAGAUACCCUACAGAUACAUGUACUGGACUGUAUCGAUCACUAAAGAUACCCUACAGAUACACGUCCUGGAAUGCAUCUAUCACUAAAGAUACCCUACAGAUACAUGUACUGGACUGUAUCGAUCACUAAAGAUACCCUACAGAUACAUGUACUGGACUGUAUAUAUCACUAAAGAUACCCUACAGAUACAUGUACUGGACUGUGUUGAUACCCUACAGAUACAUGUACUGGACUGUAUCGAUCACUAAAGAUAUCCUACAGAUACAUAUACUGGACUGCAUCGAUCACUAAAGAUACCCUACAGAUACAUGUACUGGACUGUGUCGAUACCCUACAGAUACAUGUCCUGGAAUGCAUUGAUUCAAAUUCUGGAUUGUAUUGAAUGUUAACACUACAAGAUAAAACAAAUGCAAUUGUGAUGGUAGUUGUGAUGAAGUGAGACUUCUUGUUGGUUUAAUAUUUCUCAAAUUGAUCAAAAUGUCUUAAUUAACAGGAUUUGUUUGUGCUGUCAUGUAUCCAACACAAUAUUUUCUUUUGACCAUUUUAAUGAAAACAUACUGAUAAUUACACAAUGAUGAUGACAAGAAUAUUCCCUCUAUUGGUUUGUGUCUAGAUGACAAUACAUGUAUCACGAUAUGGUAAUAUGUUUUGACAUUAUAGAUGUGAAUUCAUAACUAUAAUGAUGCUGUUCAUCUGUACACUUUCUGUCCUCUAUCUGUCCUCCAUCUUCCUCUAUCUGUCCUCUAUCUGUCCUUCUGUCCUCCCUCUGUCCUCCAUCUGUCCUCUAUCUGUCCUCCAUCUGUCCUCUAAUGUAUACAUUUGGUGUGUGUUGUAAUAUAUAUAUAUAUAUUUUUUUUUUUUUUUUUGUUAUCAUGGAAAAUACAUAUCUUGUUAUUGAAAAUUACCUUGAUAUUGUAUUCAUUUUGUAACUGCUUUUUAAAUUAUGAUCCUAGAGUAAGUUAUUGUAAUUACAUCUACCAGUUUAAUUAUCCUUAUUUGAACCAUCUGCAACAUCCAAUUGUUACAUUCUGACGAGUGCUGCCCCUGGAUGUCAAGGAUGUUGUAUGGACUAAUAUAGUACACCACCUUUGUCCAUGAAACAUGUUACAUUGAAAAGUUCAGUAAAACCAGUUUUCCUAUACAUGUAUGUUCAAAACUAGUAUAAAACAUAAUAUGUAAACAGAGAAUUUUUUAUCUUGUACGCUUAAGGGUCUUGUAUGUUAGACCUCUUGUAUACACCUGUAUCCACGGCUGGUUCACCUGGAUUUCUACAAUGGAACGUUGACCUUCUGGGACGUUGUUUUUAACGCCCACCGUCCCAUUCCUCUUAUUGAAUUGCAGUAAUAGUUUAUAUUUAAGUGGUACACUUAUUAUCACUUGAGGGCCUGGGUUGGUAUUAAUCAGUAGCAUACUGGUAGGAAAAUCUUAUCACAUCGUACAAAUUAAUGAUAUUCCAACUUCCUCGAUAGAAAAGGUCAAACGUACGGUAGACUUCACUACUUUUCUUUUAAUAGGCCCAUAUGGUGAGAAAUAUUAUUUUUGUUGAACUUGUCCUACUAUGAAAGAUGUUUAUUUGUAAAACCAUGAGCCUCUUGUUACAACUGUGGUGUUUGAUUUGUCUAAGUCUAUGGUUCCCCACUCUGUACAUGUUAUAUAUGAUGGUAUAAUUGAGAUUUAUUUACAGUAUAGAUCUGCAAUAUUCAUGUGAACAAUUUAUGUCCAGUUUUUAGGGAAACAACUCUCAAAGUAAAUCAAUGAUUUAAAAAAACAACCUUGCAUUGUUUUCACAUUAUAAUCAUAAUUAAAGAGGUAUUGUCGAUUGUUUUCCUCUAACUGAUUAUAUAUACAUGUAAUUAUCAUUAUAGGGUACCAAUGAUAAUUAUCUACUGAUUUUAAACAUACAAAACUUGCAUUUCUCACAAAAUAUAUUCCAAGAUAAAAGAAAGUUUGAUACGUUUUCAUAUAAAAAUUAUAUACAUCAUAGUUAUAUCAAGCGACAAUGAUUUUGUGAGUAUCGUAGAUCCUUAUGAAAUGAAGAAUUUAAUUAAUUUCUGUUACAAGUCUUCAACUAGAAGUGGCCUUAUGCUGUAACCAAAGUUUAUUGUAAUAAUAAAUAUUCAAUUUAAUAUGUGUUAAAAUCUUGUACAUGAAUGAGACAUUUAUAUAGUAAUCCUGGGUAAAGGAUUUAUAGUUUGUUUACCAGAUAGAGUUCAUUAUGCCUGAGAUAGAGUUUAUUAUGCCUGAGAUAGAGUUUAUUAUGCCCGAGAUCGAGUUCAUUAUGCCCGAGAUAGAGUUUAUUGUGCCUGCGUUACUUGCUAUAGUAAUAAUUAGAUUUGCUAGCGAGUUUAUUUAUUAUACAUUUACAACUUGAUGAUGUUGAUGUUAUUGUACAUGUAUAGAUAAAGUUUUGAUGGUAAUAAUGAGUGAUAGUGUUCAGUAAGCAUCAUUUUGCUUUUUUGUAAUAUAAUAUCCUUAUAAGUUACAAAAUAAAUAAUGAUACAGUAUAUUUCUCACACUUGGAACUCAUUAGAUACAGUAUGUGAAUUGCUUUAGGACGGCUUUAUUGCUGUGAUAUUAUUGAUUAUUAUAAUUAAGCUUAGAUAAAAAGUCUCAGAAGUUUUCAUGACAGUUAGCAACUUAAUCAGCAUCACAGAAACGUGGUACCCAUACAUGUCAAGACCAUGAAUUUGGAGGUCCUUGUAACAGUUAGAUCCACCUGGUGCAAUGCAAAGUUCUUUUUUUCUUGUUUUGGUUUUUAUUUGUAGUUUCAUGUUAAUUCAAGGUUAAUUAAUUGUUAUGUUCAAUGGAAAACUAAUUGUCCCAGUAAUUGAUGGACCAAUGCAAAGAUGUUAUAGGUAUAUACAUUGUAUAUGUAUGCUACCUUUUAAAGCAGAUUUCAAGUGGUUAGAACAUUUUUUCAUGGAAAAUAAUUUGAUAUUGUUACUGAUAUGGUUAUACAUCUGGCCACCAUCUGUCGUAUGUUAGCCUUUAACAACAGUUAUAGGUCCAGUUAUUUUAAUUCAUUAUUGCCUGUUGAAAUGUGCCAUAGUAUUAACUAUACAUGUAUAUAUAUAUAUCACGAUGUGUUGUCCUGUAUAACUGGUGAUCAUUUCAGUCACACACUGGGUGUGAGAGGUUGUGUAUCACUAUGUAACACUUAGUAUCAUUUAGAUAAGCCUUUAAUUUGGGGGAGAGAACUAUCUUGGAGGUAUGGUGGGGUGUUGGGAAUAUGGAGAAGAUGUACAACAUACCAGUGAGGGGAAAGUUUCCACCAUGAGUUUUAUAGAUGCAAAUAUUUAUAUAAUUGAUCAAUUAAUUAAUCAACUAUUUUUUUUUCUAACCUUAUUAUAAGAAGCAGUAUGAAUUUUCUUUUUCCCAAAAUGACAUUCUUAGGGGAUGCCAUUUGACAAUGUGCUACUGAUCAAUUUAUUCCACUCGCAUAUUUUAAUACAUGUAUAUAUGAUACAAAAGACUAGGACAAUCUGUUUGCUGCAUGGUUAAUUUAAAUCCAAGCUAUAUACUUUGAUGUCAUGAUAAAACGAUAAGAUUUUAUCACGACUCACUUUAGGUGUGAAUCUUCAUAAAUUCGUGAGUGAAAUGUGAGCGAUAGGUAUUAAAUGACAUGUACUAUAUUCAGAGUCUCAACAGGUUAAUUAGAAUUAAUUUGGCUAGGUAAUUCUAGCCAAAAACCAAUGAAAACUUCUGAUUCAUGUUGGUAGGCUAUAUCAUCUUGUAUUUUUUCGCUGUAUAAAGCUAAUGAGUACUUUAGAUAACAGGGUGACAAACCAAUGUUAAAUUGUUUGUCUUAGUCUGGUUGUGUACCGUGUAGUUUUAUACUAAAACAUGCAGGUAUCCUCUAUAUACCACCCACAUGUAAAAUGUGGAUUUUAAACUGAAUUAAAAUUUCAGAAUGAAUGUGAUAUCUUCUUAAUUUUUCCCCCGUGAUAUUGAUGAAUGUUGAUAUAACUACAUACAGAAAUAUAUAUAUAUAUAUAUUCAUAUUCAUGAUGUUUGCUUGUCUCAUUCUAAUUUGAACUAUAUACAUUUUGUAUCUUGAAAAAAGUUUAUCAGUUCUGAUAAUUUUCAUCUUCUGGCAAACCUUAUUUUGCUAAAAAAAAUUUUGAUGAAAAUUUUCGAACUAAUUCCAUUUUCUGUUUAUUAUUUUCUAUGGCUCUCGUAGAAAGUUGAAAAUGUUGGUGUGCAAUGAUAAUGUAAAUGAUAUAAUGCACUAAAAUUUGAAUGCACCAAAAUAAGCAUGUUUAUAUAAUUAAGCAAAUAACAGAUAAGAUAUUGUAAGGAAAUUCAUGUUCCAUCAUUAUUUAGCAGACCUGUACACCAGUCAUUUUGAUGAUGGUGUACAAGUUGGCUAUGUCAACUUUAUUGGUAUGUGUAUAACAGAGUCCAUGUUUAACAUUGAUGUUAUGUGCGCAAAGUACACAAACAAUUGUUAUGAAAUAUCUCUGCAGAUUGUGUAAAUAUCAAUUGUCUUCGUAAUAAAGAUGAAUUAAAUUAAAUUUUGAUU